AUGCGUAUCGCUCCUCUAAGCUUGUUCGCGCUGGUUUCCGCAGCCACCAGUGCCGUCGCGCACUCCACCAUCUUCGGUGUCUGGGUCAAUGGUGUCGACCAAGGCGAUGGCCGAAAUCGAUAUAUCCGAUCUCCUCCUGACAACGGUCCUGUUAAGGACUUGACCUCUCCCGAUUUGAGGUGCAAUGUCAAUGGUGAUCGAGUUGUCCCCCAGAGUGUCUCGGUCAAGGCUGGAGAUCAGCUCACCUUCGAGUGGCACCACAACACUCGUAACGAUGAUAUCAUCGACCGCUCGCACAAGGGACCCGUCCUUGUCUACAUGGCCGACUCCGCAGGCCAGGACUGGACCAAGAUCUUCGAGGACAACCACGAUGGCAACCAGUGGGCAGUCGACCGACUCGUCGAUGAGGCUGGUCAACACAGUAUCAUCGUCCCCGACGUCCCUGCUGGCGACUACCUAUUGCGUGCCGAGAUCAUCGCCCACCACGAGAGUGACACCCUCUUCUCCCAGAACCCCGCCCGUGGCGCCCAGCUCUACCCCAGCUGCAUCCAGAUCACCGUCACCUCCGACGGCAACAAGGUUCUCCCCGGUGGUGCCCGCUUCCCUGGUGCUUACACCGACGCCGACCCUGGUAUCCACUUCAACCUCUACAACGGUCCUGCCCACUCGAGCUACAAGGCUCCUGGACCCGCCGUCUGGUCUGAGGCUGCUGGUGGUUCUAUCAAGCGAAUUGGUAUCCCAGGACAAGGCCCCGUUGCUCCCGUCAACCCUGCCCCCGCUCCGGCCCCUGCUCCUUCUCCUGCCCCUGCUCCCGUCAACCCUCCUCAGGUUCAGAACCCCCCUGCUGGAAGGGCUGCCCUCUAUGCCCAGUGUGGUGGAUGCCUCCCUGGUGCCGGCAACGGCGGCGUCGACAACAACCUUACUCCUGGUGCCGGCAAUGCUGUUCCUGGUGUCGCCCUCUACGGACAAUGUGGUGGAUGGCUCCACGACCUGCCGCGAAGGAACUUGCAGGUUCUCCAACGUGCCUUCCUUAAACGAGCCCUUGACGGUGCCUUCGUUCCCUUCUGA